CCCUUCUGUUCUUCUGUUCUUCUGCGAUGGACUUGGCAAUCCAGUUCACGCUGAGCAGCCCAAGCAUUGCCAAUCCCAGCGUGCUGAAUGUGCCCAUCGCGUGCAAUGCAGCACCAAGUGGAUCGACGACGACGACAGCAAGGGGAUUCAGCUUGGACCUGAGCAGCACCGUGCUUGAUCUGCCAGAGCACCAAAAGCACCAGUUGCCGUCUGCUGCGACCGCACCGCCGACGACGACCAGCAGUCAUGCUAGUGCUGGCAAUUGCACAACAGACAGCUCAUCAUCAUCAUCAUCAUCGUCAUCGGCAAUGGAGGUGGACGACGGACAGCAGCAACUCCCAGUCAAUCCCGCGGUCGAAGCGCUGCGCUCGCUUGCCGACACUGUGGGGCGCGCUCAGUCGCAGCUCAACGAUCUGAUCAACCAGCACAUGGAUGCAUUCAAGGCGAACGACGGGAAGCCUGCUGCUGCUGCUGCGACUGCGACUGCUGCUACCACUGUUACUGCCACGGAUUCUGCUCCAGCACAAGCAACCCCGACCAAGCGACGCGCAGAGGACGAUUCAAGCACUGCACGAGAAGACGAAAACGUAUCGAGCGACGAGGAAAGCGACAAGUUGGCAAACGCUGCAAAGCACGGCUCCAACAAGCGAUCACGACUCGACCAGCAGGGUGAUGAGAAGGUUUCAUCAGCAACAUGACGAUGGCUGCAAGCGCACAACGAUAGACAAGAAAAAUACACACGAAAAAUGAAGGUUAAUGCAUUUUUUUUGUCUUGUUCCAAGUCAAAGCAGAAAAAAGAAACCCGAAACAUCUCAGCACACACACAG